UACGCACUUUUGCUAUGAUACAUCCAUAGACGCUUGCGAUAUAUCUAUGGGUACGCAGCCGCACUUGGAGGCAACACAACAUGAACGUAAACUUCGGUGUGACAGAAAGUAGAGUGUGUGCGCUGGUGUAAAUCCGACUUGGGGAUGGCAACGUUGAGUUGUUUGGUCUAAAAGACCGGCGGGCAGUAGUCGGUUCUGGGGAAACUCUGGCUUGACCAGGCGAGUUGAGCCGACAUGGGGACACUGUGGUCUCGUAGCGACAGCAGCCUGUCGCUCCUCCCGGAGAGGCAGCGCUCUGAGCGGCGAGGAGAGGACAGAGAUUCCGAUAACGACUCUUUGGAUGGGUUCGUCAGACGGGAGGACAUAGCUCAGUUCCCCUACGUGGAAUUCACCGGCAAGGAUAGCAUAACGUGUCCAACAUGCCAAGGCACUGGACGAAUACCCUCAGAACAAGUGAAUGAACUGGUGGCAUUGAUCCCAUACAGCGACCAAAGGCUGCGACCCCAAAGAACGAAGCUGUAUGUGGUCCUGUCAGUUGUGUUGUGCCUCCUGGCGUCGUCGUUCGUGGCCUUCUUCCUCUUCCCUCGCUCCGUGGUUGUGGUGGAUGAUGGCAUACACUCAGUGACUGUGCACUUCGACCGCUCCAACAUGAAGGUCCUAAUGAACAUGACGAGCACUCUGAACCUCAGCAACCCAAACUUCUUCUCGGUGCUGGUGCAGAGUGUGAACUGCCAGGUCCUUUACAUGAAGACGGUGAUCGGAACUCAGCAGCUCGACAACGUCACCACCAUCCAGCCGCUCAGUCAGAUACAGGUGAACUACACUGUCAGUGUGGCGAUUGGUGGCAGUGCACCCUACGUCUAUGCCUUCUGCACCAUGCCCAGCAUUAAGGUCCACAACAUUGUCGUAUAUAUGCAAACCGCGGUGAAAACCUCAAACAUGGUGCGAACAUCCCAGAACAGCCUGGAGGCCUAUCGGUACAUAGACUGUGGUUCCAACACCACACGGCACAGCCACCUCUCCUCCGCCCAUCUCAACUUCGCUCUGCUGUGAGCGAGUGAGCGAGCGGAACAGUCCCGGAAAAAGACGGCUCACUUCUCUGGAGGAGGUUGGGAGAUGUCGGUGCACACUCCAGGAUGGAUUUUGCAGACAUAACCACCAGCAGCAAAAUACCAAACGGUGCUUUCUUCUAAGCUCACACAGAAUAGGUAACAUUAAGUAGCCGUUAACUUGUGCCAUUCAAUGAUUAAGCUGGAAAACAGGGCUGUGGCAAGGGAGUGUUGUAAAAAGGCAAUUGGUAUUUCUUUCCUUUUUUUUAACUGAAUAUUGGUUUUCAUCGGACAGCCCGGAGGCUGCAGAUAUAGGUUUUGUUCCGGUUGCUGUCAGGUGUAGAUAUCUCUGGACCUAGCAGCUACUUGUGGUUUUAACUUGCAUUCGUGGGGGCUAAAAAUUGCCUGAACUCAUCGUGUAUAGAAACACGUUUGAAAAGGCAGUUCUGCUAUUUCAAACUUGCUGACAAAUUGUGUCACAUGUUCUACUGGUUGAAAAUGGAACGACAAAUUGAACGAGCUGUUGCCAACAAGCACUCUGUGGCCCUGUUUUGGAAGCAGGACAAAUGUCAGAGACAGCUCUUUUUCUUUCAGGGGAAUGGCCGGCAUUCCAAGCUGACAAUGACGUGCCAGUGAUUUCUUUGUUUUUGUUUUUGUUUUUUUGCUAUAGCUUUAAUUAACAGAGCUCUGUCUGUGUCUGCUGCUGUUGUAACAUCAGGAGAGCAUUCUUCAGGAUAGCUUGAAUGACCUUUUUUGGAUUUGUAACACAGUGUUGGACUUAAGACUGCUGACUUUUUUUUCUUUUAAAAAAAGAAAAAGGAAGUGGAGGAGGAGCUGGCCUGCUGUUUCUAUUUUGGAUUUAAUGCGACCCCAGAAGGGAUAAUUCAAUGACUGUUUUUGCACCUUAUAACUGGGACAUCUUGUUAAACCUAUUGCUUUUGCUGCGUUAAAAUUAAGUUGAAAAUAGCAUUUACACAUUUAACAUAUCACAGAUGUUUUUUAAAUGAACUGAUUUAUUGAGUUAUUGUUUGGUACCUCAACACAGCAAGUCUAAGCACACUGAUUUUAGAUUCAGGGUAAACAUCCAGUGUCAUAGAGAGGAAUACUGCUCUCAGACUACAUUUUCUUUGAAGUAGUAAUGACGCUCGUGUUGGUAUUAACUAGGGUACCAUGGAGUGAAUUAUAGGAUGAGUGAGAUCAUACAUUUUUUACCAUUUACACUCCUGGCUAAGCUACUGAAAGAGGAAUAUAUAUAUAUAUGUGCUGUUGAACAUCUGUAUACAGUAUCCUCUCCACCAUGGCCUUAAAAAUCCAGAUGUGCAACAGCAUUUGAACACCAUGGCUGAAAGCGCCUCUGUCGUAUCAGACAUCUCUCAUCUGCGCGGAACAUUUAGGACCAGGAAGUACAUCAUCACAGAUCUGUCAAAAUAUUGUAAAAAA